GCAAAACUUUACAAAAGAAAAAGACUGAAGAGAAUCACUUUCACAACAGGUGUAUGGUCAGUCAGGCAGCCAUGAGGAGCCAGCGUGUGGUGGAGAGCGAGUGUCGGUGCUGGAACCCGGCCGUCUGGCUCCUGGUGUCUCUGCUGGGAACCCUGAUCUUGGUGGUCAUCGGUGUGCUGCUACGAUUCGGAGACGUGAAGAUAAACAAACGAGCUUUAUACAACCAUGGCGGGCAAACCUCAACUGGUACGCAAUAUCAAGUACGACUGGUGAACGGAGAGACCAGGUGUCAGGGAAGACUGGAGGUGCUUUACAAUGGCCAGUGGGGCACAGUAUGUGACGAUGAGUGGGACAUUGUGAAUGCUAAAGUGGUAUGUCAGCAGCUGCACUGUGGAAUGGCAGUGCAUGGUAAGAGUUUCGGACAAGGCAAAGGCUCCAUCCUGCUGGAUAACGUGAAAUGCAAGGGGAAUGAAAUGGCCCUCAGCGAGUGCAGAAAUGUUGGCUGGGGCAACCACAACUGUUACCACUUUGAGGAUGUGAGCGUUACCUGCAAAGAACCAACGAAUAUGGCUGGAAGAGGCUUUGGCAAUUACACUUCCCCGACCUCUCAGAGCUCUUUACGUGAUGGCAGCAUCAGACUGGUGGAUGGAAAACAUGCCUGCGAGGGCCGAGUAGAGAUCUACUACCGUGGAAAAUGGGGAACAGUGUGUGACGAUAUGUGGAGCCUCAAAAAUGCCAUGGUGGUGUGCAAACAGCUGGGAUGCGGCGAUGCCAUCUCUGCACACACCAACGCCUACUUUAAACGAGGGACCGGCCCGAUACACCUGGACAAUGUUGAUUGCAAGGGACAUGAGUUGGAGCUGAGCACGUGCGAGAGCGGAGGCUGGAAGGUUCACAACUGUGGCCAUCACGAGGACGCUGGAGUCACCUGCCAUGGCUUCAGCACUCCGGAGGAUCCUGUUUCCACUGAAUACCAGACGGAAACAUAUACCACUGAAGCAACAGAAAGUACUUCAGUCACCACGUCACCAACCACAAAGUCUGUAACCAGAACCACCAAAGCAGCUCCACCACCUGUUCGUUUAAUGGACGGAGACCAUCGCUGUAUGGGUCGUGUAGAGGUCCAAUACAAAAAUGAGUGGAGGACAGUGUGCGAUGAUAACUGGAAUAUACUCAACGCCAAGGUCGUGUGUAGACAGCUUGGCUGUGGAAAAGCUAUAGCAGCCAUGCCCGGUCCAGUCUUCAGCCAAGGUUCUGGACAAAUCUUGAUGGACAAUGUGGAUUGCAGGGGCAAUGAAAGGGCGAUAACAGACUGCGACUUCCCGGGGUGGGGUCUACACAACUGUGGACAUCCUGAGGAUGCUGGUGUUAUCUGUGAAGAGAGUGAAAGCACAACUCCUAGAUCACCCACCACGGUUACUGUAGGAGAGACUGAGGUCAUAACCUAUGGCCAACCCAUGGGGAGGUCAACUGGUGAAGGAAUGCUGAGACUGGUGGGUGGCCGGGACCGGUGUGAGGGUCGGGUGGAGAUGUACCUGAAUUAUGCUUGGGGAACGGUGUGCGAUGAUGCGUGGGACCAGCGUGACGCUCAGGUGGUGUGUCGCCAGAUGGGCUGUGGCGAAGUCUUAGAGGUCUGGAACGAGGCUUUCUUUGGUCAAGGGACAGGAGCAAUCCUGCUGGACAAUCUGAAGUGCAUAGGCACAGAGGAGUCUCUGCUGCAGUGCUCUCAUAUCGGAAGGGAUGUGCACAACUGUGACCACAGUGAAGAUGCUGGAGUCACCUGCUCACUGUUAUGAUUUCAGUUUAACCACCAUGGGUAGGAGGUUGUUGUAUCAACUUAUAGGACUUGUGUGCAUAAUGUAAAUAACAGCUUUCAACCUGGUGUAGGAAUACUCCUCCUCCACCACCACCACCAUGAUUACAUAUUAUGACUAUCUAUGCCUAUUAAGCACUUUAUAAAUAAAUAUAUGACAUAAAAUACAAUGUACACUGUUUGUAUUUGAUAACCUGAGAAAAGCAAACCUUUAAAAGCCUGAAUGUCUUUCUUCUCCCAUUAUUUUUACAUUUUCUACUUCAGACCCCAACUUCAUAACAGAUACAACAAAUAUACAUAUGGGGAAGAAUGCAAUAAAAUAAAACAUUGUUUAGUCACUGUCUGCAUGUAAUUGUUCAGCAC